CAUGGCUCGAAAUUGAGCCUCGACAUCGCCAGGGGCUAGUGCACAUGCCGGCUGUCGGGCCAAUCCAUUAGCGCUGUGAAUGUCUAGGAUCUUCGACGAUUACAAAUUGCCCGGCGACUUUCGGCCUCGUUUUAUCCCGAGGACUAACAACUGGAUUCAUGUCGCCACUGAGUGAGGCGUGUCUGCUACACUCCAUGGGAGUCCAUGCUUGCAUAAUCCAAGCCAAUACCUCCAUGGCUAGUAUCUACCGGUGCUUACACAAUCAGGGGUACAAUUUGAGGUCUGAGUGUUUACUACCUAGUAUAAAGGGCCUUCAGCAUCCCAACAUCCUCGAUCGCUAUCAUGAUUCAGCAGAAGCAUCACACCGGCCCUGGCCCCCAAUCACUCCACAAAAAUGCUGGCAAACGGAAUCCAGAUUGUCUUUGGCACCGUGACAUUCCUCAAUCCUCCGGUUGAGGAGGUUGUCGAGUGGCUGAAUCUCCUUGAGGAGCUCGAUAUCAAGGUGGUCGAUACGGCCGAGAUCUACGGCGCCUCGGAGCAGGUGCUAGGCAAGGCUGGCGCAGCGUCACGCUUCACCAUCGACACCAAGUUCCCUGGUGGCGCGUCCCCCAAGAUCUCCACCAAGGAUGCUGUCAUUGAAGCGUGCAAGGAAAGCCUCAAGAAGCUGGGCACCGACGCCGUUGACGUGUACUACAUCCACGCCCCGGACCGCCGAGUCCCCUGGAAAGAAACCCUCAGCGGCCUCAACGAGCUCUACCAGCAGGGCGCCUUCAAGCGGCUAGGCCUCUCCAACUUCCUCGCGCACGAGGUCGACGAAGCCGUCCGCGUGGCCAAAGAAAACAACUUUGUCGUCCCCACCGUCUAUCAAGGCAACUACUCAGCCGUCGCCCGACGCACCGAGGACGAGAUCAUCCCCGUCCUGCGCAGGCACAACAUGGCCUUUUACGCCUACAGCCCCAUUGCGGGCGGGUUCCUGUCCAAGACCAGGGCGCAACUGGCAAGCGACGAGGAGGGACGGUAUGGCGAGGGGAAUCCGCUGAACAAAGUUUACAAUGGCUUGUAUAACAAGCCAAGCUUUGUUGCUGCGCUGGAUGUCUGGGAACAGAUUGCCAAGGACGAGGGCGUGUCGAAUGCCGAGUUGGCGUACCGGUGGAUUGUGUACCAUUCGAAGUUGGAUGGUGGAUUUGGGGAUGCUGUAGUGCUGGGUGCCAGGAAGCAUGAGCAGUUGAGGCAGACGGUGGAGAUGAUCAAGAAGGGUCCGCUUAGUGAUGCGGCUGUCGGACGGAUCGAUAGGAUUUGGGAGGAUAUCAAGGGUGAUGCUUGGCUGGACAACUUUCAGAUGUUGACCGCUAAGAGCGGAGCGAAGCAAGCAUGAAGUGACAACAGCAUCCGAGCCGCCAGGGUGUUUGAGACCAACUGGCUACUACCGGUAUAAUUGUACGAGACUGAUUCAGCAAUGAUCAAUCUGGACGGAAGCCGCCUCACCUGUCGUUCCACUGUCGGUUGUUUUCUUGGUUUCUUUCGUCGUGCUAUGAUCUCGACUGUUUCUGGGACUCUCAGACUGAAGAGGUACAGUGGUAUCAUGAUAUGACAUGUGUGCCGCAAGGUUCGCAACAACUUGAAGUUCUCCCCCUAUUAUCAGGGCAAUCUGU